AUGAAGGAACUUGUUUCGUCCUUUUUGAAUAACCUUAGCCAGGUGAGUUCCGAGCUAAGUUGUUGUAAGAACAAAAAGUUUCAUGUAGAUAAUGUUAGUUUAUGUGGGAUAGAAGAUGUACUACAUAAUAGAGAUAGGAGUUCGUUAAUAGAUAAAGAGAAAAUAAAUACCUUAAUGGAAUUGUACAAAAAUGAAAAUAUAUAUGAGAGUUAUGAAGAAUAUGAUAUAGAUAAAUAUGAGAAAAUAAAAAAUAAUAAUAUAUUAAAAAAUAUGGGAGGUAAUAAAUUGAAUGUAUGUAAUGCAUGUUUAUUUUGUAAUAAUAAUAAUAGUCAAAAUCAUAUGAAUAAAAAUAAGAAUGUAUCCGAAAAUAUAAAUAAUGUUAUUGAUCUAGAUGAUGAAAUAUUAAUUGCUAAUUUCCCAUUUAAUUCUUUAAGAGAUGUUGAAAAUUUAACGUAUACAAAUUCUGAACAUACAUUAAAUAAUAAAGAAUAUAGUUAUAUAAAGAAUUCGAUAGAUCUAGAUUUCGAUCAACAAAUUAAGAAUCAAAAAAAAAAUAACAAUUCUAAAAAUUCUAGCCAUUUAUAUAAUGAAAUUGUAAAAGAAGGUGAAUAUGAUAAUGAUGAUAGUCCGAACUUCGAUGAAGACUCUUCUCAAUUUAAAUUUUCAGUAUUAAAUAAUAUUAAAAAUAAUAUACACAAUACAAAGGAUGAAUUAACUAAUAAUUAUAAUAUAAUAAAAAAUACCUUAAAUCAAGAUUAUGAAAAAAAUAUAGACCAAAAGGAAAAACAUGAUAUUAUAGUAGAUAAUAUGGUGAAUUCAGUGGACUAUCAAAAUGAUAUGGAUACAAAUAUAAAAACAAAAAAAAAAAAGAAAAACCAAGCAUAUUCAAAUUUUUAUGCUAAAUCAGAUUUACCAUCAUCCAAUAUAGAUGAAGGUUCUUGUAAAGGUUGUAAAGCUUCAGAUACAUCAUCAGAAUUUUUUUCGGUAGCUAGUGGCAUGAAGCCAAAUAAUUAA